CGAAUGGACGCUUGGUCCAUUUCGCAGCUACACAAAGUAUCAAACCGCGCCCAGUUGAAAUCCCAAACCCUACCAAAAACCUUUGCUUCAGUUGCUUACUCGUUUCUUCUCGAGCUACUCCCUCAACAGCUUCAGGAUUCAAAGUUCUAUCUAAAGGAAUUGCACUAUAAUUUAGAGAAAUGAACUCAAAAGCACCAGAGGAUGUUGCAUCAAUGACUCAGCAGGAUACUGAAUCCACAAGUACAGAGGCUGACACCAUAUCCAAAACAAUGGGGCAGCUGAAUAUUGGAGAACCAUCCUCUAGCUUUAGGAGGAAGCCUGUUAUUAUAAUAGUGGUUGGGAUGGCAGGAAGUGGAAAGACUACAUUCCUUCACCGGCUAGUUGGUCACACAAUGGCAUCAAAUAUCCGGGGUUAUGUUAUGAAUCUAGAUCCUGCUGUCAUGACUCUUCCAUUUGGUGCGAACAUUGAUAUCAGAGAUACGGUUAGGUACAAGGAGGUCAUGAAGCAAUUUAAUCUAGGACCAAAUGGAGGAAUUUUGACUUCGCUUAACUUGUUCUCUACGAAAUUUGAUGAGGUCAUAUCGGUGAUCGAGAAGCGAGCAGAUCAGCUUGACUAUGUUCUUGUCGACACUCCUGGCCAGAUUGAGAUUUUCACUUGGUCUGCAUCUGGAGCUAUUAUAACAGAAGCUUUUGCAUCCACCUUCCCCACAGUAAUUGCUUAUGUUGUUGAUACACCACGUUCUGAGAGUCCAGCUACCUUCAUGAGCAAUAUGCUUUAUGCUUGUAGCAUCCUGUACAAGACACGGUUACCGUUGGUAUUGGUGUUCAAUAAGACAGAUGUUGCACAACAUGAGUUUGCUUUGGAGUGGAUGGAAGAUUUUGAGGUAUUUCAUGCAGCACUGGAUUCCGAUCAUUCUUACACAUCAACACUGACUCGUAGCCUCUCCCUUGCGUUGGAAGAGUUCUAUAAAAAUCUUAGAUCUGUUGGAGUGUCUGCAAUCACUGGUGCUGGGAUGAAUGCAUUUUUUAAGGCUGUUGAAGCCAGUGCAGAGGAAUACAUGGAAACUUACAAGAUUGAUCUUGACAAGAGACGAGAAGAGAAGCAACGCUUGGAGGAAGAACGGAGAAAAGAGAACAUGGAUAAGCUUAGAAAAGAUAUGGAGAAGUCUCGGGGGGAAACUGUAGUAUUGAACACUGGCUUGAAGGAUAGAGGAGCAAAUGAUAAGAUCAUGGAGUUUGAUGAUGAUGAAGACGCAGAAGAUGAAGAUGAUUAUGAAAGGUUUAGUGAAGACGGUGAUGAUGCCAUAGACGAUGAAGAUGAAGAGAUCGCCAGUUUUUCAUUUUGAGAUAACUGUCUGAAAAUCUAACUUAUGUGUAUGAUUGAUGAAAUAUUUGUGGACAGUGAAAUUGUUGGUUUCUGUACAUGUAACUUGUAUUCGUAAUUGAUAUCAUACAUUGUGGUGGAAGUAAGAUGAAGUCCUGAGUCUCCUGUGGCCUGGACUUUUGCCUGAA